UUUUUACCAAAAUACAAAAUUGUAUUUAUUUUACAUGUAUUCUAUUUAUUCAAUUUAAAUUGGUUGUUAUUUUGAAAAAUGUUAGAAAAAAGUUUCAAGAGAGAAAAAACAUGUAGAGCAUGUACAAAAACUGAACUAGAACUUGUUUCGCUCUUUGACAAACAAAUUGUCCCAGGUGGACUUUGUUAUUCCGACAUGAUUACAGAAUGUACAAUGUAUACGCUACAACAAGACGAUGCACUACCACCAUUAAUCUGCUAUGAAUGCACUGAUAAAGUCAGAGCUGCAUAUGAAUUCAAGAAACAAUUUGAAGAAUCCCAAAACAAACUUCUAGCUUUGCUUGAAUCGAAAAAAGAAAUUACGAUAGAACCAGUUGAAGCUAUAUUUUAUAAUGUCAAUAAUGAAAUUGAUGAUACCAAUGAAUCUGUGUGCUCACGACGAAAAUCCACUCGUUCCAAUUCGAAUCGAGAAUCAUCUAGUGUUCAAAAUGUAUUCCAAGAAGAACCAAUUGAUGAUCAAAUCAACACAUCAACAGAAAAUACCGGAUUGAAUAAGUGUCCAAACUGCUCAAAGGUUUUCGUUAGGAUGGGACACUUGAAAAACCACAUAAACAAAUGGCAUAAAGAAGUGGACAGACUUGAAAUAGAAUCAAUUGAAAAGGUUGUUGUUAAAUGUGAAAAAGCAGAGUUUUACGUUUCAACUAUCAAAGAAAUCCAAGAUGUUAUAAAACCAGAAAGUGAUGAGGAGGAAGAUGGCGGCGUUGAUUUUGGAAAUGAUAAUAGCGAAGAUGCCAUCAACUUUCCCGAUACAGAAACUAUUCAGCCUGUCAAAGCCGAAAUAGAUGAAACUGACACUCAAAUCAACUCCAUGGAAAUAUCAACAAUAUCAACACAUGAAAAAACAAAAGAAAAAAAACAAAAAGUUACUUCGAAAAAAGAUAAAAUAAAAAUCUCAAAAGAAAAGAAACCCAUUAAUCCCGAAAGAAGAUUUCAAUGUGAAAUUUGUGAAAAAUCAUUUAAAAGGAAUUCUCAUUUAAAACAACAUUUACUUUGUCACACAAAAGUAAAACCAUACGAGUGUACAAUAUGUCAUAAGAAAUUCGGCAGAACAGACAAUUUAAGGGUGCACAUGUCGAGCCAUGGAAAGAAGCAAUUCGAAUGUGACUCGUGUGAGCGAUCAUUCGGUCAAGCAUAUCUUUUAAAACGUCACAAAGAGCAGACGCACAGCGAAGAAAAACCGUAUUUGUGUUCAGAGUGCGGUCAACGGUUUGUCCGUAAUGGGGAUUUAGCUGUCCAUAUGCGUAGGCAUACAGGUGAAAAACCAUAUAAAUGUCAGUAUUGCAAUAAAGGAUUUACUCGUUCAACUGAAGUUUAUGUACAUGAAAGAUACCACACAGGAGAGAAAAAACACGUUUGUAACAUUUGCGGUAAAGCUUUUCAGAGACCUUAUAAUCUGGUGGUGCAUGUGAGGACACAUACUGGCGAACGACCAUACCAAUGUCCGCAUUGUCCAAAGAAUUUCGCACAAUGCAGUGAUUUAAAGGCGCACAUACGACGUCAUACUGGCGAGCGAUACAAAUGCGAUCAAUGCUCUAUGGGAUUUAUACAUGUUUUUGUAUUGAACCAACAUAAGCGCAAUGUGCAUGGUGUCGAUGUGCCAUCACGAAUAAUUCGUAUUGCUAAGCUUAACAAAGAAGUUUCAGAACCAACUAUUCGUCGUUAUGAUGAUUUUCCUCAUCAAGUUUGUCUCGAGUGUAUGCAAAGAGUUCGAAGUGCAUACGAACUCAAGAAACAAUUUGAAAGAUCUCACCGUAAACUUUUAACAUAUCUAGAGUCUAUUAACAAAAUAACAGUCGAUAUUAAACCAGAUAGACAAAAUGACAAGUCUAUCCAAACAGAGGACACAACAUUAUAUCCAUGUGAAAAAUGCGAUGACAUGUUUAUGAAUUUACAAGAUCUCAGGAGACAUCGUGAAACCAUCCAUAAAGGGACAGCAAACGACUGCCGGUUCUGUCCCAAAAAGUUCAAUCGCAUCGGAGAUCUUAAAAACCAUAUUGCCAUGCAUCAUUCAGAUAAAAAGUAUUUCACUCCUCAUGAAUGUCUUAUUUGUUCUAGAAAGUUUGCUCGCAAGGAACAUGUACAUCGUCACAUGGAAAAAAUUCACAAAAUAGAAAGAACAAAUAUAUCAAAAGAGGAAGACAAUAAACCAAAUGAAGUACGUGAUCAUCUUAAAACUCACAUGAUCAAGCAUGAUGUUACCAGAGAAUUCAAAUGUGCAUUUUGUAAACGAUCAUAUGACCGAGCUCCUAUGCUGAAACGGCACUUAGACAAAUACCACAAUCCUGACGGCAGCUUAAUAAUAGUCAAAUCGACAGAGUGGAAUUGUGAAGUUUGUAAAAAGCCAUUUAGCAGUAAGGCUUACCUGCAAAAACACAUGAACAAGCAUACGAAUAAGGCUUGGAAAUGCAAAUUAUGUCCAAUAGGUUUUGAGACUAGAGCUGCUUUAAAAGAACACAACAAAUCACAUGGAAAAGAGAAACCGUUUCUAUGUUCGGAAUGUGGUUUACGUUUUGUUAGAAAUGAUUAUUUAUUAAUUCAUAUGCGAAGGCACACUGGAGAAAAACCAUACACAUGUAAAUAUUGUGGUAAAGGCUUUCCACGAGCUACAGAUUUAAAUGUUCACGUUAAAUAUCAUACGGGCGAGAAAACUCAUUUGUGUACUGUUUGUGGCAAAGGAUUCCAACGUUCGUACAACUUAGUUGUGCACAUGCGAGUACAUACUGGUGAAAGACCAUACAAAUGUUUACAUUGUCCGAAAGAUUUUGCUCAAUGCAAUGACUUAAAGGCACACGUUCGAAGGCACACUGGUGAAAGAUUUAAGUGCGAUAUAUGUGGAGAUGGAUUUAUACAAGGCUACCAUCUAACGCAACACAAAAUUGAAGCGCAUGGGUUUGAAGGGGAAAGAAAAGGGCGAGUUACUAAAGUAAAACCAAGUCAGAACGAAAUCGAGGACGCCGAUGACCUCCCAAAGACUGGGAUAAAGAGCGAAAAGAAAGCAAAACCAAAUCAAUCUACCCAAAUGAAAAAAAUUAAAAAGACUUAUAGGUCUCCAAUGACUGGGAUUAAGGGCGAAAACAAAAGUUCAGUUACUGAUGUAAAGUCAGAUCAAUCUAUCGCACAGGACCCCCCAAUGACUGAUGAAACAAAUGAGACGCUUGUGAAAUUCUUCAAAGAUUUCCAGCCCAUUGUUGAAAAAGAAGAGCUUUCUGGUAAUACUUUGUCGAGUUUUCAGGAGUCAAUUUUUGCUCCACAACAUAGCCGCAAGAUAGCCAUGGAAUUUGAUAUUGAAAAAAUGUGUAGAGUUUGUUUGAAAACCAAUUUAGAAUCUGUAUUGUUGUUUGAAGAGCCAAAGAAAAUCGGUGGGGUCAGUAUCAGCGAUAUGAUUUCUGAACUAACAAUUUACAAGGUUCAUCGGCAUGAUGAAUUUCCACAUCUUAUUUGUUAUGAAUGCAUUGAAAGAGUUGAAAAUGCUUAUGCAUUUAAAAAGGACUUUGAGCAGUCCCAUCGCAAGCUUGUUACAUAUUUGGAUUCAAUCAAUAAAUAUCAGGCAGUUGGUGACAUCAAACCCAUACCCACGGAGGAAAAAUCUACCCAAACCAUAGAUUCAACAUUGUAUCCAUGUGAAAAGUGUGAUCAAAAGUUUAUUAAAUAUGAACGAUUGAGGGAACACCGUGCAGUCGCACACAAGGGAUCGGCUAAUCUAUGUCGAAUAUGCAACAAAUCAUUUAACCGCUUGGCAGGACUAAAAAGUCACAUUAGUGCGGCACAUCCAGAAAUUGGUUAUCACAACUCAUCGAAUCAAUGUUAUGUUUGUAAUAAAAUGUUUACACGUCGAGAUCAUGUUACACGUCACAUUAGAAAUGUUCAUAAAAUUCAUACUUCUGGAAUGGACUUGGGAUUAGAAAUAACAAAAACAGACAACAGCGAAGAAUGUACAAAUCCAAUAGUGGAAGAGGGAGAAUGUAACGCAGAUGGUGUAUUGAAAUCAGAGAUCAAACAGCUAAUCGAAUGUCUUGUGUGUUAUAAAAACUUUUCAAGUCCAAACCGUCUUAAUCGGCACAUGAUGAAAAUUCAUCAAUUGGAUUCCACCAACAUCCUUAAGCAGGAACAAAAUAGUGAAAUGAACACAUUUGAAAAUGAAGUGGAACUACUAGCUGAGCCUGAUGUUUAUAGAAAUUAUUCUAAUGAAGAUGAUGAAGGGCAUUAUGAUAAUGAGGAUAUUGGUGGUAAUGAUGUGGAUGACGAUGAUGAUGAUGAUGAGGACGAAAGUGACGAGGAUGAUGAAGAUGAUGAUGAUGCUGAUGCUGAUGACAAUGAUGGGGAUGAUAAUGAAGCUAAUGAUAGUAAAAAUGAUGAUGGUUUAAAUUCAAGUGGAGAUGCAGUCGUUACCAACACUGAAUUUGUAGCGGCAAACAGUUUUAUUAAAUGUGAAGCAGAAACCUUACAAGUUCCACCAUCAACUGAAGAAAUAAAAAAAGUUACAAUAAAACAAGAAAAGCCAGACUUCAACAUUACCGAAAUUAUUUAUAAACCGCCCAAACAAGAAAAGAAUACAAAAAAUGAAUCGACAUUUGAUUGUUUCCACAGAAUCGAAGAUGGGAAAUUUGGUUGUAAUUUGUGUGAAAAGACUUUCAAAUCUUCAUAUCACGUCAAAAGGCAUUUCCUAUCACACACACAAGAAAAAGCAUUCCCAUGCACAAUGUGUGAGAUGCGCUUUAAUAGAGCUGAUCAUCUAAAAAACCACAUGACCAAACAUAAUCCAGUAAAGCCAUUCCAGUGUGAUAGUUGCGAUGCGAGUUAUGGUCGUGCAGAUCACCUUAAACGUCACAAAGAAAUGCACCAUUCCAAUGAUCCAAAUGCUACUCCCAUCAAAGGUGAAGUCUGCGAAAUUUGUAAUAAGUCAUACAGUUCAAAAUCCUAUCUACAAAAGCAUAUGCUAAAACACACAGAAAAAUGUUGGAAAUGUAAACUAUGUUCAGUUGUGUUUGAAACAAAUGAAGCCUUAAAGGAGCAUAGCAAAACGCACAGCAAAGAUAAACCGUUUUUGUGUUCGGAAUGUGGAUUGUGUUUCCCGAGGAAAAAUUAUCUUAUUAUUCAUAUGAGAAGGCACAAUGGUGAACGACCGUACAAAUGUCAAUAUUGCGAUAAGGGUUUUCCACGAUCAACCGACUUAAAAGCACAUGAAAAGUGUCACACCGGAGAAAAAACACAUUUUUGCAAUGUCUGCGGCAAAGGGUUCCCACGACCAUACAAAUUGUCCGUACAUAUGCGGAUUCAUACUGGCGAAAAACCCUAUCAAUGUAUGCAUUGUCCAAAGGCUUUUGCUCAGUGCAAUGAUUUAAAGGCACACAUUCGAAGGCACACUGGAGAGCGAUUUCGAUGCGAGUUAUGUGGAGCUGGAUUUAUACAAAAAUACAACUUAACACAACACAAAGCUGAUGCCCAUGGCAUUAUAAAAGAAUCUCGUUUAGGCAGAGUGGUUAAAGUAAAUAUAUCAGAGCCACCUCAUCAGGUUUUGCCUGAAGUAGUUAUGAACGAUCCUGACGAAAAAUUACAAAUGGGCCAAGUAACUAUGAUGAAUCCUGAUCCUGUAGACAAAUUACAAAUGGGUCUUUCAACAAUGAUGAAUAAUCCUGAAGAAAAAAUGCAAAUGGCUCUUGCAACAAGCCUGGUCUUUCGUGGUGUGACGCUUCAUUAAAUUUUUACAAAAAUAUGUUUGUAUGUGUGUUGUACGUUUUGUUUAAUACUUCUUAUAUUAUAAUAUGUAGCAAAUUAAAUAAGUAGAAUGUAAUCUUUCAAAUACAUAUACAAAUAAAAAGUAAAGUGAGGGCAGAAUUAAAAAAAAUGCGUUCACAUAUUC